GGAGCCGUUCGGAACUUUUUGAUUCUUCUCAAUCAGAUUUAGCGAAGGAUUCAGGAAGGAAGGGAGAGAGAGAAGACGCUUGCACGAGAUGGCCCGUACUAAGCAAACUGCUCGUAAGUCUACCGGUGGUAAGGCACCCAGGAAGCAACUCGCCACUAAGGCUGCUCGUAAGUCUGCACCAACCACUGGUGGUGUCAAGAAGCCUCACCGUUAUCGUCCUGGAACAGUUGCUCUUCGUGAGAUUAGGAAAUACCAGAAAAGUACUGAGCUCUUGAUUAGGAAACUCCCUUUCCAGAGGCUUGUUCGUGAAAUUGCUCAAGACUUCAAAACUGACCUCCGUUUCCAGAGCCAUGCUGUUCUUGCAUUGCAAGAAGCCGCUGAGGCAUACUUGGUGGGACUGUUCGAAGACACUAACCUCUGUGCAAUUCACGCCAAACGAGUCACAAUUAUGCCGAAGGAUAUUCAACUGGCUAGGAGGAUUCGUGGGGAGCGUGCUUGAAUUGUUUUACUUGUCGUUGGGAAGUUAGGAUGGCUGCUAGAUAGUGUUUAUUUGUCAGUUCUAUUUGAUUGAAACAAAUUUCUGUUCCUAAGGCAUUUACUGGCCGGUUAGAUGAUGAAUUGUGAUAGGCAAGUAUUGUGAAAAAAAUAUACAGCGGUUAAAGGAUGUGUUUUGUGUAAUGUGGUUAGAAUAUGGUAGAGGUGCUACAACUGGACUUUCUAGUUCUUAAUUAUGUGUGCAGCCACGCUAAAUUUGAUUUGGUUAA